UGACGGUUCGUCACAUUUUACGUUGAAAUCGAGCGAAUACACGCCACCGUCCAUAAACACACGGAUCAAAAAUAUUACCGACUGGUCGCAGUUCGGGAAUACAGUAGAGACCGUAGCGUGUAUUUAAAGAAAUAAAGAUAUUUUCUGGUGAGAAAACCGGGGAAUACAGAGAACGACAGAAAAGAAAACGAGGAAACCACCAAAAGGAAAUGCCAAUCGCAGCCACGGGUCAACUGACGACUCAGGAACCCUGUAUUUUCUCCCGACUGCCCUCCACCCCGGAGCCUGUACCAAAAGGGGGUAAUUUAUGUGACGUUGCGGGGGCAGUAGCCGAGUCGCAGGAGCGAACAGAAUACGGGGGCGCCGAGGGGGGCAGGGGAGGACUAGUAGCCAGCUACAGUCAGACCAGCGGCGCUAGGGGAUUUCUGCCGCUUCGUUCUUCCAACUCCAACGGUUCUCCUCCGCAAUCCCCUCCCACGUCCUCCCCCCUCGCCUCAUCUUUCUUCCAUCACCACCCCUAUCAAAUGGCCAUGGAGCCGCCCAGGACUCGAUCGCGUUCUCGGUCUGGAUUCUACCAGCAGUAUGGUGCGACCGGCCCCGGGAUUAAUGCUAACGGGGGAAACGGACCUAACCACCAUCAUCACCACAGCCAGCAGCAUCAUCAACAACAGCACAACUCUGGUUGCUCACACCUUGGAGCUCACAGCCACCACACGGAGCAGCACAGCAUACGAGCACCGGGAUCUAACGUCUCCCCCGGCGCUCAGAGGCAGUCGGGACCGCCUGGAGCACAUCGCAUCUCACCCGCAGGAGCCGUAGGGGGGAGGAGCCAUCCUGACCAUGCCUGUGGAGAGGGUGACAAGAAUGAGGACAGUCCCAGUCCAAAGCGUCAGAGACUAUCUGGCCAAUCAGUGCUGGAUCUCUCCACGGUGGCCCCACCCUCCAACCCCUCUCCACCAAUGAGGCCGUGGGAGCUGCCCCACAGUCGCAGACCUCCCCCUAACCCCCACCCCCAUUACCACCAGGAGCGCUGCCAUACACCUGUCAGACACAGACACAGUCCUCCAGCGCGUCGCCAGCGUGGCCGUCUCUCCCGCACCCCCCGUCACCUCCCCCCUCCUCCUCCCCACCACCCCUCCCCUCCUCCCCCCUCCAUCCGACUGGACCCCCAGGACCAAAGCUACCACUACCCCCACCCCCACCAGAGCUACUCUCACCCCCCUCCUCCCCCCUACGGCCAGCCCCCAGCCCCUGCCGGUGGGGGCGUGGAGGAGCCUCGAGCGUUCCACCCCCCUGCCCUGUCUCCACGGUUACUGCACCCCGCUGUCCAUCAUUCUCAUCAAGCAGCUCACCACCACACACAGCAGCAAGGAGCCAUGGUCAUGGACCUUCAGGAACAGGCCUCAGUCCCAGUCUCCUAUACGGUGACUCCUGUCCCUUCUCAUCAUGGUCUGGUAGCUCCUCUAUAUACAGGACAGCACCUCCCUCCUGUCUGUUCCUCUCAACAACAGAUCCCAGCAUGCAGUGUGGUCUUCAGUACAGGACAACACUACCACCCUAUACUGGGGGCGUGUUCGGUGCAGCAUUUACCUGUGCCCUACUCCUUUCCCUCCCUCCUCUCCAAUGAUCCUCCUUUCCUCCUCCCCCCUCCCCACCUCUCUCACCACCCCCCUCACCUCCCUCCACCUGGACACUUCCUUCCCUUCCCGACACAACAGUCCAGAUCGCCGUUGCAGAGGAUAGAGAACGAGGUGGAGCUGCUUGGAGAGCACCUGUCUGUGGGAGGGGGGUUCAACUACCCUCAUGGAGGACACCACCCCUCCUCCCUGCCCCCCUCCACACCCCUCCAGUUCCUGUCUCAUCACGACUCCCUGUCACAGGAGCUGUUCGGAGUGCCGUACCCCCACUUCAUGCCUCGGCGAAUCACAGGGCGUCGUUACCGCUCCCAGCAGACCGUGCCCCCGCCCCCCUACCACCCAGGCUUCCUGCCUUACUUCCUGUCGAUGCUUCCAGUGGGUCCUACAGUCGGUCCUACCAUCAGUCUAGAGUUAGAUGUGGAUGAUGGAGAGGUAGAGAAUUAUGAAGCCCUGUUGAACCUAGCAGAGCGUCUGGGCGAGGCUAAACCCAGAGGACUGACCAAGGCUGACAUAGAACAACUUCCCUCCUACCGCUUCAACCCCAACAACCACCAAUCAGAACAGACACUGUGCGUGGUGUGUAUGUGUGACUUUGAGUCUCGUCAGCUGCUAAGAGUCCUCCCCUGUAACCAUGAGUUCCACACCAAGUGUGUUGACAAGUGGCUCAAGGCUAACAGAACGUGUCCCAUCUGUCGGGCGGACGCCUCCGAAGUCCAUCGGGAUUCUGAAUGACCUACGACCUCGAGCCCCACAGAUCUAGGAUCCGCUCAGCCUCCCCACAUCCUAACCUGACGCAUUAGGGAGUGGAGGGAAACACAACAGGCCUUAGAUCAGUGUCUUGGAGCAAUGCCCCCCCCCCCCCCCCUCCCCUCCCCUCCGCCAAGUGAACUCUUUAAGAAAUAGACUGUCUUCUUCCUAUGAUGAUGGUAUUCUAAUAAUGGCCUUUUGACUGACACACAGACACACACACACACACACACACGUACGAGGGGCAGUUGGACUUCCCCCUUUUGUACUGUCUUACCUUCCUGAGUCAUGAUUGGAGUUGUCAUAUGAACGGCUGUGGAGAAACUCAGACGUGUGUCGUUGUCCUGACUAACCCAGUGGAGGAAAUGGAAGCCCAAAGAUUCUGACCAUUAUGACAUCAUCAUCAUCGUUGUUGUUGUUGUUGUUCAUAUGAAUAUUCUGGUGGUGAUGAAUCAUUCAGAACCUGGAUUGAGAUGUGUCUUCACUAGUGGGGUGAUUUUGGUUUAUUAGGGCACUUUUUUUUCUUCAUUUUUUACAAAAAAAAAUUUAAAGUGUGUGUGCUGUUGCACUCCUACAAAACACAUCUACAAUGUGUGUCCAACUGAAAUGGAGAGAGAACGGAGGACAAUACAAUCUUUACAUUGUUGUUAGUGUUGGUUUAUGAUUUGGUUAGAGGAAGGUGGGCAGACAUAUAGCGUUGUCAGUAAUGGGGAAAGUGUUUUUGUUUAGAACAGCAAUGUGUGUUAUUUAUUUAUGCAGUGCAGUACACUGCCCUUUCUGCUCUGAUUGGUCGAUGCUGUGCACUGAGAACGGAAGGGGAGGGGCUUCCAGGGAGGACAAGGACAACAGAACCAGGGUAGUUGAGGAAGGGGAGGGGCUUCCAGGGAGGACAAGGACAACAGAACCAGGGUAGUUGAGGAAGGGGAGGGGCUUCCAGGGAGGAGAAGGGCAACAGAACCAGGGUAGUUGAGGAAGGGGAGGGGCUUCCAGGGAGGAGAAGGGCAACAGAACCAGGGUAGUUGAGGAAGGGGAGGGGCUUCCAGGGAGGAGAAGGGCAACAGAACCAGGGUAGUUGAGGAAGGGGAGGGGCUUCCAGGGAGGAGAAGGGCAACAGAACCAGGGUAGUUGAGGAAGGGGAGGGGCUUCCAGGGAGGAGAAGGGCAACAGAACCAGGGUAGUUGAGGAAGGGGAGGGGCUUCCAGGGAGGAGAAGGGCAACAGAACCAGGGUAGUUGAGGAAGGGGAGGGGCUUCCAGGGAGGAGAAGGGCAACAGAACCAGGGUAGUUGAGGAAGGGGAGGGGCUUCCAGGGAGGAGAAGGGCAACAGAACCAGGGUAGUUGAGGAAGGGGAGGGGCUUCCAGGGAGGAGAAGGGCAACAGAACCAGGGUAGUUGAGGAAGGGGAGGGGCUUCCAGGGAGGAGAAGGGCAACAGAACCAGGGUAGUUGAGGAAGGGGAGGGGCUUCCGGGGAGAAGGGCAACAGAACCAGGGUAGUUGAGGAAGUGGAGGGGCUUCCGGGGAGGAGAAGGGCAACAGAACCAGGGUAGUUGAGGAAGGGGAGGUUCUUCUCUCUUAUCACUCCUCUCUAUCACCUUUCUCUUCUUUUUCCCACUCCAUCCCCUCCUCUCUCUCUACUUUUCUGUUCACUCACUCCAUGUUUCAGAGAGAUGGAUCAGCCUCCGUUAUCUCGGCUUUCUCUCUCUCUCUCACACACACUCACCCACUGAAUGCACCCCCCCCCCACGCAGCACAGGAGUGUGUGUGCGCUGAUAUGAAUCGAUGCUAAACGUCCGACAUUUGUGUUAUUGGUCAGUUACUUAAGAAGAAAUAUGAUAGUGGUCAAAUCUCAAAUGAAACCAUCUAUCUAUCUAUUGGUUCCAAGACCAAACGUAAUUAACUCUUUAAGAAAUACUCUGGAGAAUAAAAGGGGGUCAUUUUGAGAUACAACCAACGUUGUUCACUGGUCGUUCAGAUCACAUUGACAAGGUGAGAUUAUCUGAAGUUUAGUUUUAAGGCACAAUAAUAAUAAUAAUGAUGGUGAUGAUGAUGAUUGUAGUGUGGUAGUAUCACAGUUAAGGGUUUAACUCCUUGGUAAAAAAAAAGGGACAUGUGUUUUGCCUGUCGACCCACGAGUGAGAAGAUCAGUGCCUGGUUUCACUCAUUCCUUCACAACUACAAUGACUCUUCUGUUCAGUCUCCAUUCAUCCACUCUUCCUCCUGUAGGAUGCUUCUCACCCCCCUCCCCCUUUCUCUCGGUCCCCUCUUCCUCCUGUAGGAUGCUUCUCACCCCCCUCCCCCUUUCUCUCGGUCCCCUCUUCCUCCUGUAGGAUGCUUCUCACCCCCCUCCCCCUUUCUCUCGGUCCCCUCUUCCUCCUGUAGGAUGCUUCUCACCCCCCUCCCCCCUUCUCUCUGUCCCCUCUUCCUCCUGUAGGAUGCUUCUCACCCCCCUCCCCCCUUCUCUCGGUCCCUUCAUCCCCUCUUCCUCCUGUAGGAUGCUUCUCACCCCCCUCCCCCUUUCUCUCGGUCCCCUCUUCCUCCUGUAGGAUACUUCUCACCCCCCUCCCCCUUUCUCUCUGUCCCCUCUUCCUCCUGUAGGAUGCUUCUCACCCCCCUCCCCCUUUCUCUCUGUCCCCUCUUCCUCCUGUAGGAUGCUUCUCACCCCCCUCCCCCUUUCUCUCUGUCCCCUCGUCCUCCUGUAGGAUGCUUCUCACCCCCCUCCCCCUUUCUCUCGGUCCCCUCUUCCUCCUGUAGGAUGCUUCUCACCCCCUCCCCCUUUCUCUCGGUCCCUUCAUCACCUCUUCCUCCUGUAGGAUGCUUCUCACCCCCCUCCCCCUUUCUCUCGGUCCCUUCAUCCCCUCUUCCUCCUGUAGGAUGCUUCUCACCCCCCCUCCCCCUUUCUCUCUGUCCCCUCUUCCUCCUGUAGGAUGCUUCUCACCCCCCCUCCCCCUUUCUCUCGGUCCCCUCUUCCUCCUGUAGGAUGCUUCUCACCCCCCUCCCCCUUUCUCUCAGUCCCCUCUUCCUCCUGUAGGAUGCUUCUCAGCCCCUCCCCUUUCUCUCGGUCCCUUCAUCACCUCUUCCUCCUGUAGGAUGCUUCUCACCCCCUCCCCCUUUCUCUCGGUCCCUUCUUAAUCCCCCCUCCCCAUUUUCCACUGUGUCCUCUGUCUACCCAGUGUCUUUAGAAGUAGUCCUUAUUAACUGCUGUCAUAAGCCCUACAUAAGGCUGUCUUAACAUGCACAAUGUCACCCUAUGUCAAGUUCAUGUCCUGGCUUCCUACUGUCCUUCACCCACACGGUGUCACGAUUCACAUUCGAUGUCAGGCUCACAGCAACCUUAAGUAGGCCUUACGACAGUCUUAUGUAGGCCUUACGACAGUCUUAUGUAGGCCUUACGACAGUCUUAUGUAGGCCUUACGACAGUCUUAUGUAGGCCUUACGACAGUCUUAUGUAGGCCUUACGACAGUCUUAUGUAGGCCUUACGACAGUCUUAUGUAGGCCUUACGACAGUCUUAUGUAGGCCUUACGACAGUCUUAUGUAGGCCUUACGACAGUCUUAAGUAGGGCCUUACGACAUCUAGUAGAUGGGGAAGGUUGUAAUUAAACCAUGUCAGCCAGGCACCUGCAGUGUCCUAAUAUGUAAGAGAUGCCUUUUUAAAACCCAGAUUUACCCUCCUUAAAGCCAUGUCACCAGUAGGUGGGUUAAUGACCUUUUAGAUCAGCGUUUAGCUGGGACAGGGUCUUCACCCUACACGUUGAAAAUAAACCAUUCUCUCCAGUGUCCGAUGUUGUCAGCUCAGCGUUUUAAAGGCUCCGAGUUCUUGGCCGUAGCUAUGGCAACCGGGUUUGAAAAAGCUUCAGUUCUCCUGUUCUGUUUUUUUUUUUGUUUCCUGGUUUUAAAGGUGUUCUACUGUCGUCAUGGCGUCCAUUGUUUCGUAGGAUUCUAAUUAUUGUUAUUGUUUCUCCUGCUUGGUACACGACUAGCAGUUACCUCAUUUGUCUCUUGAUGUAUAUUCAGAUACAAAUAUAGGACUUUCUGAAUUCAGCUUUUCAUAUUGUUAAUUUUUUUUCUCUUACCAUUUGUGUCGUUGGGUUGUUUUAUAAAAAAAAAAAAAAGAAGGUAUCAUUUAUUAUUAACAUGACGUUGGUAGCUUUCUUCUCCAUAAUGUAUCAUAUCUGUAACCAAAAUCAUUUUGAAGGCUUGAUAUUGCAAAUUUUUAACAAACAUUUGUACAUUUUUAAUGAGAGUUAUUAAUAGUGAGGCGUUUACUAAGUGGUGAAAUGAAUUGUUAUUUUUAAUCCCCAGUCUUUUUGGAUUUCAAAGGCUGCUUCUAUAAUAAAUGUAGAAUUACCAAA